CUGCCAUGGAGGAGUACCUCCAUCGAGUACGUCGUACAGAUGGUCAACCCGAAACCCACGAUCUACGUGCACAUAAUUAAGUGGUGGAAAUGAGAGUCCAAGUACUUGGGGAAGAUCCAACUAUAUUAAGGUUUACAUUACAUAGCGCUGCAUGACCGCUCCGGCUGUUAAGCAACCAUGCGGGGUGGUCACGCAACUGCCGACUGCGGGAAGGAUUUUCGGUUGCAGCUGGUCGCCUUGGUUGAGAGGGUUACAGCGGCAGUGGCUGGUUCUAUGGAGUAUCGCUAGAAGGGUUGUCAUGUUCGAAGCUCGCGUGAGGGUUGGUGGAAAGCUUGAGAGAAUUAGCACGCUUGGCCACGGACUUGCAUUGUGCCAAUCUGUUCCUUGGCCAUGUUGCGGGGAGAUGCAACAAAGCGCUGAAGAUGCUGAAAUGUGCCCAGUAGCAACACAGGGAUCCUCGGCUCCCAUGACACCGUUAACGUAUAAAGCAAAGAGGUCACCGCACGGCAGACAUCGUACAGACACUGGGACGCUUAGUGAUGUAGCGCGUGGACUAUGCUUGAGAAGCUUUCGCUGCAUUGCUCUUAAUACAAUCUAUCCAGGUCGGAUGAUAUGUGCGGUAGAGUGAAAGGUAGUUUAUCGUGCUGACAGGAGACUCAACGCAGACGAACAAUUUUGGGGUUGAAUAAUGAAGGGAUGAGAUCAUUUUCGAGCCGUUACCGUAU